GUCCCUCGGUCCACCUGCAGCAGCCAGUCCCUCCGGCUGUCCGACCCAGAGGCGCCGGCCGAGCCCGAGGCUUGGGCGCUCGCUCCCCGGCGGAGGGAUCCACGGCGGCUGAGGAGGCGGCGCUGAGCUUUGGUCGAAAGAGGCAGCUACGGCGGCGGCGGCGGCGGCGGCGGCAGCGGCGGCGGCUCGGGCGGCAGCGCAUAAAGGGGCCGCCGCCGGGUGAUGCGGUGACCGCUGCGGCAGCCUCAGGAGCCAAGUGGGCCCCGGCCCUCAGCCAGUCCUGCCGGACCCGAACUCCCCAUCUUCUCCCAUCGACCCGCGAUCACCGAGGCGGCCUCGCGCCCCCUCGCCCCUUCCCCGUCCCUCCCCUGCCCCCGUCCCCGCCCCGGGGGCCGCCGCCACCCGCCUUCCACGAUGGCUCUGAAGAGAAUCCAUAAGGAAUUGAAUGACCUGGCACGGGACCCACCAGCACAGUGUUCUGCAGGUCCUGUUGGAGAUGAUAUGUUCCACUGGCAAGCUACAAUAAUGGGUCCAAAUGACAGUCCCUAUCAGGGUGGAGUAUUUUUCUUGACAAUUCAUUUCCCAACAGAUUACCCCUUCAAACCACCUAAGGUUGCAUUUACGACAAGAAUUUAUCAUCCAAAUAUAAACAGUAAUGGCAGCAUUUGUCUUGACAUUCUACGGUCACAGUGGUCUCCAGCACUAACUAUUUCAAAAGUACUUUUGUCCAUCUGUUCUCUGUUGUGUGAUCCCAAUCCAGAUGAUCCUUUAGUGCCUGAGAUUGCUCGGAUCUACAAAACAGAUAGAGAAAAGUACAACAGAAUAGCUCGGGAAUGGACUCAGAAGUAUGCGAUGUAAUUAAAGAAAUUAUUGGAUAACCUCUACAAAUAAAGAUAGGGGAACUCUGAAAGAGAAAGUCCUUUUGAUUUCCAUUUGACUGCUUUCUAUGAGCCCACGCCUCAUCUUCCCCUGUGCACAUGUUUACCUGAUACAGCAGUGCUGCGUGUUGUACAUACUUGGAACAACAAACUAGAAAUACUGUACUUCUGUACCAACAUUGCCUCCUAGCAGAGAAGUGUGUGUGUGACAAGCCAGUUCUCCAAGCCUAACCUAGGUGUGAGACUAAAAGCUUUCCUUAUUGACUUAAAUUUGGAUAACGCAAGGUGAGGGGUGGUGGGUAUGGUGUGUGCUUGGAUGGGGAAGAAAAGCUCCACUGACCUGUAGGAGAUUGUUUUUUUAAGUGGAAUUCUUUUAAACUCAACAGUUAUGAGAAACAAGGUGAAGAACGUGAAGCUGUAUUCAUUUUACUCAAAGGACCUGCAUCUUAGGUGAAAGUUAUAACCAACCAGAUUAAAGUCUACCCACAUCCUGUAUUUUAAGGUCUAAGUUAAAUGGUCGACAUUUAAAUGGAUUGAAGCUAUUAGUACAUAAAGUGUGGUGGGCUUUGUUCCCAAGUCUUUUACAUCUCUCUACCCUUCAACUUUCAUCCUUUCAGCCCCUCUUUCUUCCAUAUUCUUUGGUUUGUAUGUGGUUCCUCAGUUAACACAUAGCUAAUAGCUCUUAUUUUUUUUAUGUUUUUAACUGCUUAGGUCUAUCUGGAUGUAAGGGUGAAAAACUCAUUUGAUGGAAAUACUUGUGUAUAUUUAAAGACCCAAUUGCUCUUCUGGAGCUUGUACGUUCAAGAAUGAUUAAUCUGUGUAAUAAACUGAUUAUUACAGUCAUUACAUAUAA